AUGGAACAGGAAUACAAAUCGUACAGAAAAUUAGAAAAUGAUAAAAAUUAUGAACUGAUUUACAAUGCGUUGAACCUUCAAAUUAAAAACAUUAAAAAUUCUUGUAUAAAUAUUAAAGAUGUUGUAAGCAUAAAGAAAUAUAUAGAUGAUGAGAUAAGAGCAAGAAUGUUUAACAAAAAAGGCAUUCCAACUUUUAUUAUAAAAAUAAUAAUUCUUUUAGGUGAUAACUACGAACAAGAAAUGAAAAUAAAGAUUAUAAAUCUACUAGUAUCUGAGUAUGUUACAGAAUUUCAAUUAUUCAUUAUUAAUGAAUUUAAGAAUUUAAGCGAUAUAAAAAAAUAUUAUAAAAAAGUCAAUGAUAUUCUUGAAGAAAUUCAAAAUGUUUAUUUUAAUUUGCCACAAGAAUGGAAUACUAAAAUUGUAAUACUUAGUGACAUUUAUAUUAUUAUAAAACAGAAAAUUUGUGAUAUAAUAUUUUUUAAUGAUUUUAAGGAUACUGAAUAUUUAGGUUCUGUAGAAUGUAUUAUAGAUAAUGAAAAAAAUAUGAUUGAGUUAUUUAAAGAUUCAAAAAAGUCUAUAUUUCACCUUAUAGUGCCCUUUAUCAACCCUUUUUAUAAACAACUUUUGGACAAAACACCAGAAUCCGAAUUUGAUCUUAAAAAUAGUGAAAUGAAAAUUUACAAAAAUUUUGUAAUUUUUUUCCAGGAAUUUCAAAAAAUAUAUGAAAAAAUCGCUUGUUUUCAAAAUAUUGAUGCCAUAAAACAGUUAAUUGACGUAUUUGAAGAGCACAUUUUAAGACUUAUGCGCAGCAUGGGUAGAAUAUACUUAUGUUGUGAUUAUGAAUUAGAAGCAUGCAAAAAUUUUAAUAUAAAUGAUCUUGAAAAAAUAAUGACAUCUUUAAAUACAUUAUUAUAUCUUAAUGAAUGUAUCACAGAUUUAAACACUUCCAUUUAUUGUUCAUAUAAUAUUAAUAUAACACAGAAUAUAUUUAUAAAAUUAGGAAACCUUGAAAAUAAGUACAAUAGUAUACUAGAAAUUUACGUUAGAAAUGUUUUAGAAAAAAUAGAUUUUACAAAACUUAGUAUAUCUGCAGAUAUUAUACUAAAUCUUGACACUUAUAUUUUUUAUUUUAAUUAUGAGGAUUUUUACGAGGAGUUAAAGAUUAAUUUAGUAGAAGUUAUUACAUUACAAAUUUUAUGUCGUAUAUAUUUAUUAGACUUUAAUGAAGAAAGUGCCGAAUUAAUGAUAUGUGAUCUUUAUGAACUAAAAAAAUAUUUAAAAAGUCACUGCAGUAAUGUUAGUUGUUUUAAUAUUUUAGAAUCAUAUUUAAAAAUAUUUAUGUGCUCACCAAAGGAUAUGCAAUCAUUUAUAGAAAAUUUCAAAAUUCUAUCAAAUAAUGUUUUUAGUUUUAAGCAGAUUGUUUGGUCAUUGAAAGACAAAGAAUCUGUACUAGAUUUAUUGGAAGCUUUCGAUUCAUACAAAACAUUUAAUCUUUAA